UGGGAGUUGGAGGAUAUAAGUGAAGCACUUGGUAUUAGUGGGAGGAGCUGCUACCGCUGGCGACGGAUAUUCAAGGAGUUCAGUGCUGCCACAAGGCCUCCAUCUCCACUCACUGGCCAUACUCGAACAAUUACAUGUGCACUGUUGACAGCUGUUGAAGAUAUCUUUGCAGUCAGGCAUGAUAUCAUUGUCAGUACUUCCACCCUCUCGUGCAACCUCAAAGAAGCUGGUCUCACAUGCAAGAUCCUUCGAAAACUUGCUUCCGGACGUGAUGAGGCCCAACAAGAGGAAUUCAGAGGAAGUCAGAGCAAUGAUUUCAUCAGAGAUGGCUCAGAAUUCGUCGUCAUUGAUGUUACAGUAACAUGA